CUGCAGCCGCGGGCACCCCACGGCUUUGCGGACGCGAUGGCCCCUUCUCUGGCCUACAGCGGAAGGAACCUGAGCUACACGGGAACGUACUUCUUUGGGCCCGGUUCAAGCCCCCCGCUGCUUCCCUGCCAUCGACAAGGGCACGAGCCUACGUGGCGCGCGGAGCCAGGUUCUGGCUGCUAUGGAUCUCGAUGGGAUGAGCAGCCUCCCCCGCCGAAAAUUCCAAAGCUCGACCUCGACCGGAUCCCCUCCACCUCCACUUCAUCGUCGUCAUCGUCCCCGCAGCUCCCGCCCGACACGCUCCACCGAGACUCGACGACGACACCGUGCCUCCAACCGCCGCCGCCGCCUCCGCCACUGAGCAACCACCACCACCAGGACCAUCACGGCGACGUCGACGACAACAACCGCCGCCACCACCACAGCGACCGCCACAGUCCCAGCGACAGCCACGGGCACAAGCACAAGCACGGCCACGGCGGCCACGGGAACCACCACAAAGAUGACGGCGCCCAGAGCCGCCGCCGAGACUCGUCCUGCGAGCCGAGCUCCGUCCCGGCCGAACCCACGCCCCCCUGCGCGCCGGAGGGCCGCGCGGAGAGGCGCGGCGCGACCGGACGCUUCUGCCGCUCGCUGAGCGUGGGCGCGGCCUGCGGGCCUCCCGGCGAGCGGCCCCUGAGGCUGGAGGAGCGGCCCUCCCCACCGUCGUCCGGCGACGGGACGGCGCGCCGCAACGAGCGGCCGCCCCUGCCCAAGAUCGUCAUCAAGAAGUGGGCGCUGGCCUGCGGCGUCGCCGACGACGGCUCGACGCCGAGGACGCCGCGCACGCCGCAGCUGACGUCGCCGGCGGAGGGGAACGCGGGCCGCAGGCUCCGGGUCGGGCAGCGGCGCGCCACCGGCAGCGGCAGCAAGUGGUUCCCCGUGGGCAAGGCGUUCGAGAAGGCCGUCUACGUGGUGGGCGAGGCGGAGCUGGCGGUGCGCCGCUGCUUCUCGGCGGUGCGCUGCGCGGGUCUCGUGGUGCGCGUGCGCGACUGCGUGCUCCUGCGCUCCGGAGCUCGCCGCCGAUCACUGCCCUUCGUCGCCAAAAUCUCCGCCCUCUGGGAGGAUCCGCGGUCUGGUGAGCUGACCAUGAGCCUCUUCUGGUACUACCGGCCAGAGCACACUCAAGGGGGAAGGCCUGCGUACAAGCACUGCGAGCAAAGCGAGAUCUUUGCGUCGAGGCAUCAGGACGUGAACAGCGUGGCGUGCAUCGAGGAGAAGUGCUACGUCCUAACCUUCGCCGAGUACUGCAGAUUCUGGGCGGACAUCGAGCGUCGUCGCGAGGGCCUCGCCGCCGGCGCCCCGACAACGGAGGCCUCCGGCACCGGUCUCCUGCCGCCGCCGCCGCCGACCGUUCCACCGCACCCGGCGGGCUGCUCGGCGCCCCUCCACCGCCGCGUGCCCCCGAACACCGACCCCGAGCUCGUGUUCCUGAGCCGGGCCGUUUACGAUUUCCGCCACCACCGCCUUCUCAAGAACCCCUUCCGCCCGGCGCUCAGCCCUGUGCCGCGCUGACUCGGGCCGCGCCGACGGCUCGUUUCCCCGGCUCGUCCGUCCGCUCGUCGUCGUCGUCGUCGUCUGUUGCUGCCGUAUGGGACGUUUACCAGUUGAUGAGAAAUGGGGGCCACGUCGCUUGCACUAUUUUUGUUUCGUGUUCUUCGUUGGGUCGAUUUAUAUACAUAUAUAUAUUCGCCCCCCACCCCGAGGCCCACGUGACGGCGCGGCGACCGGCGCACCGUCCGUGCCGCACGGAGUUCGGAUUCGCGGCCACGGCCAACAUCGGUGGUGCGGAGAUGCGGUCCGAAACCGGCCCCUGAGCUUCGCCUCGCUUGGCCUACUCGCACCGCCCCCAUCUACCCCCCCCCCCCCCACCCGCAAUGCAGCGGGGGGGGGUUGGGGGUGGCGGGGGGGGGGGGGGUCCUUUAUCCAGCAGCGGAUUGAGAAAGGACCGAACAAAUGAAAUUAAAUGCCGUGUGCAUGCGCGCGCGCUUGCAGGGUGCGUGGCUCUGAUUUUUACGGGGUCCACGCUGUCCGUGUCGUUGACCGUGCUGGCCCAGGGCCCAUGCUGCUGGCAUCGAGUUGUGCCACUCGCGCUGCGUGGGGGGCUGUGGGCGGGGGGGGGGGCCCUCCCCGGCGGGUUGUGAACACAGCGGUCGGCCGACUUCGGCCGGCGUUCAAGGCCAAUAUUGUGGGCGGCCGAAACAAAAGCGUUCAUGCACACAAUAAACACAUUACAUGUAAACAUACAUAAGUGCGUGCAUAAUUUAAAUACACACACACAUGCACAUACACACGGGCGUAUAAACGUGCGUGUGUACACACCCAAAGACAUCACACACACACACACAAAUAAAUUUGACAAACCGUUGUGUUCACUUGAAAGUACACACGGAUGCAAAGCGCCACACACACAUACUGGACACAUACCAACGCACGGAUCCCUCGGUCACCCUUAUCGUGAGCGCCGACCACGGCAGCUCACGAGCGGGGGUGGUUUCCCCAGUGGCGAUGUUAACACACUGCUGCAGGUACUGAUCUUUGGCUGAGCCGCCUAUCCUUGGGGAGGCCCAGAAUAUUUUAAAAUCUAGAACGCGCGCCAUGACCGUUUACAGGUGGUCGGCUGUCUGUGAAGGUUGCCAGGAUCGUACUGCAGUGGGCCGACAGCGUCGACACCUCUCAUCACACGUGCACACUCGCACCCAAGGACGCGUGACGUUCGUGGACGUAUAAACACAAACGUGUGCACAAACGUACACAAACCCGUACAGAUAUACUGAACGUGCACGCGCCACGUAAGACGAGUCCACGCAGGCUUGCAUUAAACGCGCGCUUCGAACGCCGACUCAAAACGUGGCAACGUAUGCGGUGGAUCAAGAUGACGCGCGUAUCCGCACGCACGCACGCACGCGCAACCGCGUUCAUCGCGCCGGACAAACGUCGCUGCUGGACGUCGUGCGUACAUGACGGCACACAGUCGGCCACGUACGGUGCGAAAGAAGAUCGACGUUCGUACACACGUACGCCGAACGCGGGGGCGGACGCGCUGUCUCUCGGCAGCAGCAACAGCUGCGGCCACCACCACCACCACCACCGUGCGAUAGAGGACGAGGCGACAUCUGGCCAGAUUAGGGGCGUUCCAUUUAACAAGAUGAUGAGCGGCGCUCGCCCUAACGCCGUUUAAUCUGAGCGCGGUGGGGAUAAGGACACUAAAUCCGUGUUUCGGGUUAAAAAAAAAAGUUAACCCAUCUGUGUAGUGUUGUUGGCCAAGCAUAGCAAGCAAAUGUCUCAUCUCCAUGUGUUCAUUCCUUCUAUCCAACCCCGCCCGCUCGAGGCCUAGUGAUCGACCCCGAUAAGGUGCAGCCCUUCUAGGCAGGAAUCUCGGCAGGACUGCCUGUGGAAGGGACCGUGGGAGGGUUCAUUUUCGACUCCUAAACAAAACAUGAUUUUCAUCGUGCGUGAGAAGGUUCGGUUUGGUCCAGUUGUGUCGCAGCAUCGGCGUGAUGAGGUAUAGUGGGGUGGUGAAUGAGGUGAUCGUAUCGACCCACGCAAUUAACUGGCGUUGUCGGUCCCGUUGAAUCGAAAUCCACAGAGGCGGAGGGCCGGCAUGAUUGUAAACUAAAGCCACCGUAACCCCUGCCCCGAAGCCAACGCACACUCGUGGUUGACGAGGCAUUCGCGAUACCGGCUCAAAAGAAUGACGAACACAAACAUUCAUAUUUGCUCUGUGGACUGUGAGAGGGCGGGCGCUGUUUGUUUGCGAGCACCUGUUGAAGUUGGCACUGCACAUUUAAUGGAUAGUGGGACCAUAACCAGGGAUUCAUUUCAGCUGCGUCUGCCUGCGUCGGCGAUGUGGGAAAUGGAACCGAAUUCCCGGCACACCACAUCCAGCAUGCCUCGCGCUGCGGCUGCUUUCGUGCGGUGACAUGGACAAACAAAAAAAAUUGUGAGAAAUAAAUCCCUGGACCUGGACAGCACCGUGAACCGUCCGGCUACCUUGACCGGCGCUAAUUUUGUCUUUGACGGCACAUUGGGUGCUCGUAUUUUGGCACGAGUCGAUCUGGGGGAGGGGGGGGUGUCCGACGCUGGUCUUCGCCCCCCCCCCCCCCCCCCCCCCCCCCUCGGGAACCUAACGCAGCAACGCAAGUUUCUGAUGGCUACGUCGCCGCGGCUCCGUCGGGGAAAUUUUUUUUCACACGCUCACACCAAGGCCCGGUCAGAGGGUUGGGUCCCCAUGAUGUUUGUUGUUGUUGUUGUCCUCCCUGGCCUGGGCUGCUCUGGCUGUUCUCGCUGUGCCUGUGCCCCCCCCCCCCUUGUUUUCUCACCAUUGGGCAUUUAGGAUAUAUGGGCACUAACCCGUGCUGCGAAGAGGGCACCUCGGGAGGUGUAGUCAUCCUCCUACUCUUGGCGCAGCGCGUGAGAUGCGAUUUUAGUGGGGUUGCCACCUUUGCAGUGCGAAGGCAACAAAAAAAUAAACAAAAAA